AACAGUGAGUCAUUCUGCUGCCUUUCCCAGGUUCUCUAACUCCGUGGCUUACUAUGGCCUGGCCAUGGACCUGCAGAAGUUUGGACUCAGUAUCUACCUGGUACAGGCUCUGUUUGGGAUCAUCGACAUCCCAGCCAUGCUGGUUGCCACUACCACCAUGAUUUAUGUGGGACGACGGGCCACAGUGGCCUCCUUUCUCAUCCUAGCUGGGCUCAUGGUCAUCGCCAACAUGUUUGUGCCUGAGGAUCUGCAGACCCUGCGGACAGUGCAGGCAGCACUGGGCAAAGGCUGCCUGGCCAGCUCCUUCAUCUGUGUGUACCUGUUCACAGGAGAACUCUAUCCCACAGAGAUCAGGCAGAUGGGAAUGGGUUUUGCCUCUGUCAAUGCCCGCCUCGGAGGCUUGGCCGCACCCUUGGUCACCACACUUGGUGAGAUCAGCCCUGUUCUUCCACCUGUGUCCUUUGGUGCCACUUCAGUCUUGGCUGGAAUGGCUGUUGCCUGCUUCCUGACUGAGACCAGAAAUGUGCCACUGGUGGAAACCAUUGCUGCAAUGGAGAGAAGAGUCAAAGAAGGCCUGUCCAAAAGAGACACAGAACAUAAGAGUGAAGAAAUUUCUCUUCAGCAACUGGGGGCUUCUCCUCUCAAAGAAACCAUUUAAGCUGCCAGGAUUCUGUGCAGGGAGUGUGAGUGAGUGUCAAAGGUCCCCCUGGUGCAGGGGACCCUGGUACAGAACUCCAUUCAAAGCCAGAGGACAUCGUGGACUUUCCUACAGAACCACACCCAAGCUCAAGCAGAAAGAGGAAACAACCUGCAGGGACCAAAGGAAAGCAUGCUGUC